AUGACGAAGCCGAAGAAGGACGUCAAGUUCCAGCACAAGGAAGCAAGAAGGCCCAGCAGAUCCUCCAACGAUAGUCAAGAUGUAAACGACGCAUCAAGCCCUAGUCGGAAUGGCCAUGUCACCAAGCCAGAAGUAAGCCGCAACAUGUCCUACGACGGUGCCUGGACCGACGACGACAAGGCGAGCCAAUGCCGUUCUGCCAGAAUCUCUCUAGAUGCUAACAUGUCACCCUGCAGCNCCCAGGAGCCCGCGCCGCAAAGCGAUUACGAAAAGAAGAAGCAGACUUUCAUCACCAGAACAAUCUGGACCCUCGUCAUGAUCAUCUUCUUCUUCGUCUCAAUGUUCGCCGGCCACAUCUACAUCAUUAUCAUCGUCACCGCCAUCCAGAUCAUCUCCUUCAAGGAGGUCAUUGCCAUCUCAAACGUCCCCAGUAGAGCCCGCAAGCUACGCUUUACAAAGACGCUCAACUGGUAUUUCCUUGGCUCUACAAUGUACUUCCUCUACGGCGAGAGUGUCAUCUACUACUUCAAGCACAUCAUCCUAGUCGACAAGGUCCUCCUGCCCUUUGCUACCCACCACCGCUUCAUCAGCUUCAUGCUCUACGUCAUGGGCUUUGUCUUCUUCGUUGUCUCUCUCGAGAAGGGCCACUACAAGUUCCAGUUCCAGCAGUUCGCCUGGACCCACAUGGCUCUUUACUUGAUUGUCGUACAAGCUCACUUCAUCAUGAACAAUAUUUUUGAGGGCAUGAUCUGGUUCUUCCUCCCCGCUGCUUUGGUCAUCACCAACGACAUCUUUGCCUACAUCUGUGGUAUCACCUUCGGCCGUACUCAGCUCAUCAAGAUUAGUCCCAAGAAGACUGUCGAGGGUUUCGUUGGCGCCUGGAUCUUUACCAUCAUCUUUGCAUUCGGCCUUUCCAACAUCUUGAUGCGCUCCAAGUACUUCAUCUGCCCCGUCAACAACCUCGGUGCCAACAUCUUUACUGGCCUUGAAUGCGACCCCAACCCCGUCUUCCUGUCUCACACCUACCAGCUUCCUUUCAUUCNNCCCCCCAACUGGACUCACCUGCCUACUACCAUCACCGUGGCCCCUGUUCAGUUCCACAUCAUGAUCUUCGCUACCUUUGCUUCUCUGAUUGCUCCCUUCGGUGGCUUCUUCGCAUCUGGGCUCAAGCGUACCUUCAACAUCAAGGACUUUGGCGAUUCUAUUCCUGGCCACGGUGGUAUGACUGACCGUAUGGACUGCCAAUUCAUCAUGGGCUUCUUCGCCUACAUGUACUACCAGAGUUUCAUCGCUGUCUACAAAGCUUCCGUUGGCAGUGUCAUCGAGACCGCCAUCACUGGCCUUACUCCCGAACAACAGAUGGAGGUUGUCAAGGGAUUGAGCAAGCAUCUCGUGAACCAAGGCAUUAUCAACCCCAAGGUGCUCGGGUACCUCGGCGAGCAGCUCAGGAGAUAG